AUGAAGGAUGCAGCUUUAUCGGCCACAAAAGGGCUGAGCCGUGUUCAAGCUGAACGUGCAGCAGCAAACGCGACUCGUAAUGUAAAUGCAUACGGACAAAAAGAAGAAGGGCCAAGCAGAUGGCAAGAAAAGAAAGAACUAAAGACACAAAUGUAUCUAAAAAGCACAGAAAAGCAAGCGACUUUGAACCAAAAGAAAUGUCAAAAGUGUCAACAAAUCGGACAUUGGACUUACGAGUGUCAGAAACCGGAAAAGACCAAAUUGGACAUCAAAGCGCUGAUGUCACAUGAUUUGGAUAAAACGGAAAUCAAGAAAAGUGAGAAUAAGAAGAAGAAGGAGAAGGGUAGUAAAGGAAGAAAAAAGAAAAGAAAGGAAAGGCGUAGUUUGAGUUCAAGUGAUUCGGAUUUGGAUAGUGAAGAGGAUAGAAUGAGGAAGAGAAAGAAACAUAGUCGAAGGUGA